UUCUGAGAUUGGUUAGGUUCUCUCUUCUUUGCUUUUAUACAGUACUCCUGUUUUCGGGUUUUGGUACUACGUGAAUGGCUAGUUCAGGGAGGAUGCUUAAGGUGGCUGUUUUGGUGGUCAUGUGCAUGGUGGUGGCUGCGCCACAAGCCCAAGCAGCUGCUGCUGUGACAUGCGGUGAAGUGGCUACUUACCUGGCUCCGUGUGGUGCCACCGUGGCUUAUCCGGUUGCGUCGCAGUUUUGCUGCACUGGGGUUAAAACCCUCUUCGGCUUCGAACAAACUACUCUGCCUCAAAGACAGGACGCUUGCAAGUGCUUGAAAUCAGCUACUGGUGCCAUCUCCACUAUGGACAUUGGCUUUGUUUUCAAAGUCCUAAAAUUAUGCGGUGCCAAAAUUCCCUCUAUCAGCAAAACCACCGACUGCUCCAAGUACACAUCUCUCCAUUCAUUUAUUUUACAUGUGCAAUCAUACAGUUGUGUAGCAAAUUUAAAUGUUCUAUAUAUAUUCUGGUUAGAUAAAUUGAUGCUAAUCUUAUGUUUUUUUAAUUAAAUAAUCUUUUAUAACUCCCAAUUAUUUGGAAAAGGUUUUAAUAUAAUGGUAAAAUAUUCCUUUUCCUUUGAUGUAUUCAACUCGUGAUAUUUUAGAAACAAUUUUUUUUUUUUUUUUAUUUAAGUACUUCACACUUUAUUCAUAUUACAACUCCAACAUUCCUUUCAAAUUAUACCAUUAAACUAAAGACCUUUCAUAAUAGAUUUAUAAAAAAAAAUACAUUAAACUCCCCACAAAACCCGUCCAAUUCCUGUCACAUGCAUCAUACUCUCAUAAUCUUCUUAAACUGUAUAAGAAUAAAUAACAUAGUUGUGGAAUUCGAAAUUUGCAUGGCAGCAAAUAAAGAAGAUCUAGGUUACAUGCGUUACAGUAUGCAAAUAUAAAAUAAGUGUCCAAAUUAAUAAAAUAGUAACAUAUUUCAAAAGUUUAAAGUUUUAACUUUGUGUG